CACCCGUUGGCCUCCUGUCAGUCUGUUUGGAUUAUUGUAGCAGCUCAGGCCUCUCACAUGCCUUCUUGUCACUGCCUCCUGGACAUAAUACAGCAUAUCAUACAUGUGGAGAAUUAGGUGACGAAGAGCAGCGUUUGUUUUCCGCCUCAGUGAAGAGAGAGAACAGAAGAGGAGAGCAGCCAUGGAGUUGAAGGUGCAGGGUAAGAGGAAGAGGGACUUCUAUGCCAGAGCUUUAGGAUGGCCAGUGAAGGCUCCACUAUCCCCAGUCCUGUCGUCCGCCAAAUUGACAAGCAGUUCUUGAUCUGCAGCAUAUGUCUGGACCGCUACGAGAACCCCAAAGUCCUGCCCUGCCUGCACACCUUCUGUGAGCGGUGCCUGCAGAAUUAUAUCCCAGCCCACAGCCUCACACUGUCGUGCCCCGUGUGCCGCCAGACCUCAAUCCUGCCGGAGAAGGGUGUGGCGGCGUUGCAGAAUAACUUCUUCAUCACCAACCUGAUGGACGUGCUGCAGCGGGCGCCGGGCAGCUGCAGCCAAGAGGCCGCCGCUCUCAACAACAUCACCACUGUGGCUACAGGCCAGCUACUCUCCUGCCCAAACCAUGGAGGCAGCGUGAUGGAGUUUUACUGUCCUCCGUGUGAGACAGCCAUGUGUCAGGAGUGCACGAGCGGCGAACACGGAGAGCACCCGACCGUGCCUCUUAAAGACGUAGUGGAACAGCACAAGGCCUCCUUGCACCACCAGCUAGAUGCUGUUAAGAAGAGGUUACCAGAGAUCGACUCAGCCCUGCAGACGCUGUCAGAGAUUCUUCAGCAGCUGACCAAUCAGAAGAGCGCCAUCGAGGACGACAUCCACGCGACCUUCGAUGAGCUGCAGAAGACCCUCAAUGUCCGCAAGAGCGUUCUACUCAUGGAGCUGGAGGUCAACUAUGGCCUCAAGCAAAAGGUGCUCCAAGCCCAGCUGGACACCCUGCUGCAGGGCCAAGAGGGCAUCACCAGUAGCUGCAACUUCACGGAGCAGGCCUUGAGCCAGGGCACCGAGGCCGAGGUGCUGCUGGUGAAGAAGCAGAUGGGCGAGCGACUCGUCGAGCUGGCCAGCCAGGAGCUUCCGCUGCAGCCCGGAGAGAACAACCAGCUGGACUUCCUCGUAGAAACGGAAGGGCUAAAAAAGUCCAUCCACAACCUGGGCACUAUUGUGACCACCAACGCCGUUGCCUCCGAGACUGUGGCGACAGGCGAGGGGCUGCGGCAUUGUGUGGUAGGCGUGCCCACCUCCAUCACCAUCACUACUAAGGACAAAGAUGGAGAGCUGUGCAAGAUGGGCAACGCAGUCAUCGCCGCUGAAAUGUUUUCGCCUGACGGCAGCAAGUGUGACGGAGACGUGCUCGACAACAAGAACGGCACUUAUGAGUACCUGUUCACAGCUCCUAAAGAGGGCACGUGUACUUUAUCUCUGCGCUUAUAUGACCAACACAUCAAAGGGAGCCCCUUUAAGAUAAAGGCCACCAAAUCCAUUGACGUGUCACCGACUUCAGACGGCGUUAAGAAGAGGCUAAAGUCUCCGGGCAGCGGACACGUCAAGCAGAAGGCCAUCAAGAGGCCGGCCAGUAUGUACAGCACAGGGAGGAGGAAAGAGAAUCCCAUUGAGGACGACCUCAUCUUCAGAAUCGGCACAAAGGGAAGAAACAAAGGGGAGUUCACGAACCUGCAGGGAGUGGCUGCCUCCUCUCAGGGGAAGGUGCUGAUAGCAGACAGCAACAACCAGUGUGUGCAGAUUUUCUCCAACGACGGCCAGUUCAGAAGUCGUUUCGGCAUCCGGGGCAGGACUCCGGGUCAGCUGCAGCGGCCGACAGGUGUGGCAGUGCACCCCAACGGCGACAUCAUCAUCGCGGACUAUGACAACAAAUGGGUCAGCAUCUUUUCGAGCGAGGGCAAGUUUAAGAACAAGAUCGGCUCGGGGAAGCUGAUGGGUCCUAAAGGCGUGUCUGUGGACAGAAACGGCCACAUCAUCGUGGUCGACAACAAGUCCUGCUGCGUCUUCAUCUUCCAGGUCAACGGCAAGCUGGUCACCAAGUUUGGUAACCGUGGCAACGGUGACAGGCAGUUUGCAGGUACACUCAAUGGCCCUCACUUUGCUGCUGUCAACAACAACAACGAGAUCAUUGUGACAGAUUUCCACAACCACUCAGUCAAGGUGUUCAACACAGAAGGAGAAUUCUUGCUGAAAUUUGGCUCCAAUGGUGAAGGCAAUGGCCAGUUCAACGCCCCCACAGGAGUGGCGGUGGACGUCAAUGGAAACAUCAUAGUAGCCGACUGGGGCAACAGCAGGAUACAGGUGUUUGAUGGCAGCGGUUCAUUCCUCUCUUACAUCAACACGUCAGCGGACCCCCUCUACGGCCCGCAGGGACUGGCGCUCACUUCAGACGGACACGUCGUGGUCGCCGAUUCUGGCAACCACUGCUUCAAAGUCUACCGCUACCUGCAGUAGCCACUCGACACAAAGCCUGUACAGUGUACAUAUGUACAAACACGCAGUAGUACGGAGCAACUGGAAGUUUUUUGCACUCCCCCCCCCC